AUGGCCACUCUGUUGAAGCAGCCCCUGAAGCUGGCCCUGGUGCAGCUUGCAUCAGGCGCCGAUAAGGCUCUCAACCUCUCCCAUGCCCGCACCAAGGUGCUCGAGGCCGCCCAGGCGGGCGCCAAACUGAUCGUCCUCCCCGAAUGCUUCAACUCGCCCUACGGCACGCAGUACUUCCCCAAGUACGCCGAGACGCUUCUCCCCUCGCCCCCGACCAAGGAGCAAUCGCCGUCCUUCCACGCGCUGUCGGCCAUCGCCGCCGAGGCCAAAGCCUACCUGGUCGGCGGCAGCAUUCCCGAGCUGGAGCCCGCAACCAACAAGUACUACAACACGUCGCUGGUGUUCUCGCCCACCGGCGCGCUCGUCGGCACCCACCGCAAAACCCACCUCUUCGACAUCGACAUCCCCGGCAAGAUCACCUUCAAGGAGAGUGAGGUGCUCUCGCCCGGCAACCAGCUCACCGUCGUCGACCUCCCCGAGUACGGCAAGAUCGGCCUCGCCAUCUGCUACGACAUCCGCUUCCCCGAGGCCGCCAUGAUCGCCGCCCGCAGAGGCGCCUUCAUGCUCGUCUACCCCGGCGCCUUCAACCUGACCACCGGGCCCCUCCACUGGUCGCUCCUGGCCCGCGCCCGCGCCGUCGAUAACCAGGCCUACGUCGCCCUGUGCAGUCCGGCCCGCGACAUGUCCGCCACCUACCAUGCCUACGGCCACAGUCUCGUGGCCAACCCCAGCGCCGAGAUCCUCGCCGAGGCCGACGAGACCGAAUCGAUCGUCUACGCCGACCUCGACAACGACACCAUUGUCAACACCCGCAAGGGAAUUCCCGUGUACACUCAGCGGCGGUUUGACCUGUACCCGGAUGUGAGCGCCUAA